CCACCCCCGGCGGAGCUGCUGCUAAGCCGCCCGUGCUCAGCCCUAGCUACCAAUAAAGUUCGUUAAAAAAAUCAUAAUCAUUCUUAAAAGAGCGAGAGACGGCGCGAGCCAGCCAGGCGGCCCCGCCAGCGGAGCUGGCGCGCUUGGAGGAGGUGGCGGCGCCGGAGGCAGCGGUUGCGCCGCGACCAGGAGGAGCCGCUCGCGCCUGGCGACGGGUCCGCGGCUGGCGGGGAACGAUUUGAGAGAGAAGAUCUAAUCACCUGGAGUUAGAGCUGGUACAGAAACUCCUUUUCAGCUCUAAAAAUGUUGGAGGAAGAUAUGGAAGUGGCCAUCAAGAUGGUGGUUGUAGGGAAUGGAGCAGUUGGAAAAUCAAGUAUGAUACAGCGAUAUUGCAAAGGCAUUUUUACAAAAGACUACAAGAAAACCAUUGGAGUUGAUUUUUUGGAGCGACAAAUCCAAGUUAAUGAUGAAGAUGUCAGACUAAUGUUAUGGGAUACAGCAGGUCAAGAGGAAUUUGAUGCAAUAACAAAGGCCUACUAUCGAGGAGCCCAGGCUUGUGUGCUUGUAUUUUCUACCACAGACAGAGAAUCUUUUGAAGCGAUUCCAAGCUGGAGAGAGAAAGUAGUAGCUGAAGUAGGAGAUAUACCAACUGUACUUGUGCAGAACAAGAUUGAUCUCUUGGAUGAUUCUUGUAUAAAAAAUGAGGAAGCUGAGGCACUGGCAAAAAGGUUAAAACUAAGAUUCUACAGAACGUCAGUGAAAGAGGAUCUAAAUGUAAAUGAAGUUUUUAAAUAUUUGGCUGAAAAAUAUCUUCAGAAACUCAAACAACAGAUAGCUGAUGAUCCAGAACUAAGGCAUUCAAGUAGUAACAAAAUUGGUGUCUUUAACACAUCUGGUGGAAGUCACUCAGGUCAGAAUUCAAGUACCCUUAAUGGUGGAGAUGUCAUCAAUCUUAGACCCAACAAACAGAGGACCAAGAAAAACAGAAAUCCUUUUAGCAGCUGUAGCAUACCCUAAAACAUUUUUAGGGGGAAAAAUUGAAUUAUAUUGUGCAAUUCAGUGAGAAAUACAUCCAGCUGUCAUGGUAUGUUGUGACUAUUUUAGCAGACUUUGCACCCAGUGGCUCUCUGAAAGUUGGUAGACUUAAUUAUUACUCUUGCAGUGCUUUUCAGAGUGUAGAGUGAGACCUCUGGUGGAAAAAUCACUGCCCUGUGGACUCAUUUUAAGUUUUUUCAUUAGACGAAGCUUCUCCUGUUUUGAAGAAUGCUAUAAGAGAUGUGAAAAACAGGUUUUGCUGAAUUUUGUAAUGCUGGAAAACAUAAAUGAAAUAUAUUGGUACAAAUCUUAAUUUUAUGGAUCAAGGAAAGGUAACGAGCAUUCUUUUUCUGAAAUUGACUCUCUAGCUUUUCUGGAAAAUAGUAUUGAAUCUGAAUACUUACUAAAAAAAAAUAUUGAAAGGUAAACCCUAAAUCUUGCCAAAUUGCAUUAGUGUGUAUUUUGGCAAUGUUACUUGUGCAAUAUCUGGUAUAAUGCAGAGUGUGGAGGUGUGCGUGCAGGUUUCUGGUACUGAAGCAGACUGAAGGUGUGGGCAGUAUUUAAGGAAACUUAGAUUCCAAUUCAUUUGUAAAACUAUUAACACAUUGUGUGUAUGUUAAAAGUUUUUAUUUUCAAAUGAGAAAUUCCAGACAUAUAGUUUGCAAGAUGAGCUUGGGUUUAAAAAGUGUUUUGUGCCAAAAAUAUCAUACUUAAUUUUUAUAGUGCUUUACUAUCAUAAUUUAUAUUGUUUAUAAUAUCUUUUAAAAGCAGUUUUCCUCUCUGACAGGGUAAAGGGGAGUAUAAACUUUUUAAUGCUAGAGCAUCUCCCAGGUGAGAUCGUUGCAGACUCUGAGCUGGCCUUUUCAUACAUCUGUCCGUAAGGUGGUGACCACGUACUGUCGCAGGGUUCGCCAGGUCUCUAAGGACGCACAGCACCUCUGCGGUUACUCACUAUGUCCCGUGAAGUGCAGUUGGUGCAGUCCGCACCUUUUGCUGCUGAGAAUCCAAUUUCGAGCUUUAAAAAUUAACGCUAACAAUUUUUAAAAAUGCACAAGAGAUGGAUGGUCUUUUGUCCUAAUCCAAAUUAUGAAUUUUAUAAUGCCCUGCAACUCUAAAGCAUCCCUUUGUUUACACUUUUUUGUACGAUAUUUUCAGAAUAUCACUUAAAAAUUUCUAUAACCUUGAGUUUUUAUAGCCCUUUCUCAAGAGCUCUGUCAGCGCCACAUACAAAAUAAUUUCUUGUAAGAAAUGAUUUUAAUACGUAAUCAUGUGUCGGAGCAUAAAUUUUGUGACUUGGGACAGUAGCUUUCCAAACAAGAUAAUUGUAUCAAUGGCUUUGUUUUUAAACUAUAAACAACCCCUUUCAGUAUACCUGGUUUCCGCAGGUUUUCAAAAUACAGAAAAAGAACUUUUCUUGGAAAAUAUGUGUCAUGAAAUAACUUGUCAUUAUCUCUGCUAAAUAUGUAAUGUUUUAUGUAUUCAUCUUGUAUGUUUUGUCUUGUUUUUAAGUCUUCCAUCUGCACCACCCUCAUCCCCCUGCCAAAAUUAAUGCUGAGAACAUAGAAGAAUUUUCUGGGGCAUCCUUGUUAAGUGUUCAAGAGUGAAUGUUUGCUUUUCAUAAUAUUAAAAUAAUCUGGCAUUAUCUAUUUCAAAGUAAUGUAAAGUGUUUAUUUUUGUGUCCCCAGUUGUCACCUCUCCCAUUGCUGGCAGUGGGAUAGGUGCCAGGAAAAACUCAGUUCCUAACAAUGGGUACCUGCUAGUGAUUCAUCUUUCCUUUUCUGCUCUUUUGAAAUACAGUCUCUUUUUAAUUGUUACACAGAAUACAUUUUGUGGCCAAUAGUCUUAUGGUCUUUAUUAGCAGAACAGUCACUCACGUUAUGUAAUAUGUUGUAGUUCUAUAUCAUGUAGCAGUUAAAUGUGUGUGGGUAAAAGUUUGUUACUUUUCUAUAUAAAAAAAAUGUAGUGUCUGAUGAUGGUUCCAGUUAGUUCUCCUAAUGUUUGUAAUAUGAUUUUAUGUAUUUAACUUUGUCCUUUUUUUCUUUGUACAAGAACUGAAGAGACCUCUGUUACACAUUGGAAUUUUUCAUUUGCACUGCUGUAUUUUAAACCACCCAUAAUUACUCAUUUUAAACAAUUAAGUAGGUCAGAAAAUUGGCCGUAAGUGAUAUUGUUAAAUAAUUUCUUAAUUUAUUCUGAAACCGUCGAAAUUGACAUUAAAAUUUUUUUCUCUGAGACCCUUAGUUCUUUUAAAUAACUUUAUUAUUAAUUCCUAGUGAAAUAUGGAUUCUAAAGAAAAGCCUAUCUGAGAGUCCAGAUUAUUGUUCAUUUGUGCUCUAAUCUACUUUUUUACAUUAUGGCUAAUUUUUAGCAUACAGAUAUAUAGCUGUGGAAUAGCUACCAUAUAUCAGAGUUCCUCAGGUUUCCUUUUCCUUGUUCAAUCUCUGCCUGUCAAAUUAAAUAGCAUACAGAACAGCCCAGAUACGGCAAUACUGUUAAAUAAAAUCAGGUUAAAUGGUUUCCUUUUUAUCUGCCCAAAGUUGCUAGCACGCAUAUACUUUUUCAAAAUAAAGUAAAACUAAUACUGUACUACCAAAAAGAGGAUAACAACAUUUCCACACUGGGGAAUGAAGCUGGAAGGUUAUUUCAGAAGUUGGCAGUGCAGUGCUCAGAAAGCACUCUCACCGAUGCGUACUCCAUUGUGCCUGUGACAACUCAGAGACUGGGAUCUUUUCUGAAGAUCUUAGAAUGGUGAAUUGGCCUUAGGACUUAAUGUCCCAACUUUAAGUGUUGUACUGCUUUAAUGCAAGAUAUUGUUAAUUGUUAGCAUCCUUUUCAAAAUCUUUGAAAUGGUUACUGAUUGCCUGCUGAAAUGCUGCCAUUAAUAUGUCAUUAGGAUACCUGUUUCUCUGAAAGCCGAAUGAACCGACAGGGUGAAAACGUUCUGUGGCUGGUCACACACUGCACACUCAUCUAAUGACCAGGUAGAUGUAUAGUCAGCUUGAACUGUUAGUUAAGAAUGUCAUGUGUACUAUUAUCACUCUAGGUUUUCACCUCUAACACAUGUAAGCCUGUCAAACAAGUGAAUUUUAUUUGCUGACAGAAGAUACUCAGAACCACAGUGGACUGUGAAAUAUCCAGUCACCGGAUGAUUUGGCUAUAAUAACUUUUAUUAGGUAGUGCCCCUUUUCUUCUCUCUCUUGAAUUGUCUAUAGUAGGAUGUUGGUAAAUGGUCUUUUAAAAAUAAAAACUUUGGAUUAAAAGGAAAACUGAACCCCUUCUAUAUUUUUGUUACUAUUAAAUAAUGUUUUUGUAAAUUUGAAUGGAAAACCAAUUGUAUAUAUUGCUAUUAGGUUGCAAU